AUGUUAAAAUCAAAGUUAAAGAGUGGUGACGUAGUAAAAGUCAUUACUGGAAAGUAUCGAGGAGUAAUUGAUUAUAUUUCCAAAAUUGAUCCUGAAAACCAAGUAGUUUUUUUGAAAAAGGCCAAUAAGAAAAAAUAUGAUAAAUCAACCCCGGAAAAUAAGAGAAAGAAAGAUAAAAAACAAAUUACUAAAAUCGGUUUUCAAGAGGUAGAGGAAAACGAAGUAGAAAAAACCGAAAUCAGUCUUGAAACUAUUAGAAAAUUUAUGGAAAAAUGGAUGAUUUUUGGUUUUGAUUUUGAUCGAGGUGAAUAUGCUGAAAUAGAGCGAUGGGAAGAAGAAAAUUCUCCUGAAGGAACCAAAAGAAAGGAAAUUAAAGGAUUAGUAGAAAAGAAAUUUCAGCAUACUUCUCCGAUGCAAGUUACGGAUAUUGAAAAAAUUGUUUUAAACUGCGGAAUUGGGCAAGCAGUUAGUAAUAAACAAUUUUUAGACAAUACCGAAAAGGCUUUGAUUCAGAUUGCGGGCGGGCAAAAACCAAUUUUAACCUAUGCUCGUAAUUCAAUUACUACUUUUAAAUUGCGGGAAGGGAUGCCGAUUGGUUGUAUAUCAGCCAAGAAAUUCGAUCGAGUGGGUAAUUAUAAUGUGGGAAUAAAUGAUUUAAAUAUUUUUCCUACCGUUCCUUAUGAUUUAACUUUUAAAAAUCAAGGAUUACAAAUUACCAUCGUUUUUAAAUCUAAUUCUAGUGAAGAAAAUAGUUAUUUUUUAAGUUUAUUAGGUUUUCCUUUUAAAAAGAAAGAAUAA